AAUUCUCUCACUCACACACUAUAAAAUUAGUGUAACUAUAUGCAUAUGUAGAUAUAGAGAGAGUCCAUGGCCUGUUCUUCAGUGACGAGCAUAGUAUCUCGCCUUUCUCUUCUCCGAUUGACCAACAAUACCAUAACCAUUAGACCCAUAACUUUUUCUUUUUCACAAUCUUCUUCAUUCCCAUUUUUGCUCAGCCCCAAAUCCAAUAAGGGUCUGAAUCGUUACCGAUUGUUCUCAAUGGCCUCAGAAGCGAAAGAAUCACCUGCCAACAAUCCGGGCCUUCAGGCAAACCCAGAUGAAGCCACUAAGAGCUACUUCAUGCAACAAACUAUGUAUCGGAUUAAGGAUCCCAAAGUGAGCCUUGACUUCUAUUCUCGCGUCUUGGGCAUGUCGCUACUUAAGAGAUUGGACUUUCCAGAAAUGAAGUUUAGCUUAUACUUUAUGGGCUAUGAGGAUCCGACAUUGGCUCCUAGUAACUCAGUUGAUAGAACAGUUUGGACCUUCAGUCAAAAGGCUACAAUUGAGCUAACACACAAUUGGGGUACUGAAAGUGAUCCUGAAUUCAAAGGAUACCACAAUGGGAAUUCAGAACCUCGUGGCUUUGGACAUAUUGGCAUCACUGUUGAUGACACAUCCAAGGCAUGUGAAAGAUUUGAACGUCUAGGAGUGGAGUUUGUAAAGAAACCGGAUGAUGGAAAAAUGAAAGGGAUAGCAUUUAUUAAGGAUCCUGAUGGCUAUUGGAUUGAGAUCUUUGACCUUAAAACUAUUGGAAACAUUGCUGUUGUUUAGUGGAACCCUGACUUCAGGAAAGAGUGGAACGCUUCACAUGCCUUAUGAUCUCAUCUGUUUGUCGUAUAUAUUUUCAUGAUCAGCUUCAGAAAUGAGAUUUUCUGGAAGUACUUGUUUCCAUUUAAUAAGUGUUUGUCUUUUCUCUGCCGCUUAGGACUGUUUUGAGGGAAUUUAAUGCUAGUUGGAAAUUUGGAAAGUACUGUUUGUUUCUUUGUUCUAUCUCAACUUCUCUUGGCUACUUAUGUUGAAUAAGAAUUGGAUUCUUUUGGUCCCAUAAUUUGGAAGGGAUGUUGAUGGAUCAA